AUGUCUCCAGACCAAGAAAGGCUGUUGUACAUCGUGUCAUGUCUUGAUGUCUUGUAUCCGAACAAGGCUUACGUUCGAUCUUUAUUAUUCUGGGCGUCGCUGUUUCGUCCUUGCAUGGCGUCUGUUCCCGGUAUCUCAGCGAAUACUGAGCAAGCCCGACCUCUUCCACUUACUCUACCUACCUUGCGACCAGCCAAGACCCAUGACUCUUCGAACGACACCCCCUCUUGCUCUAACACAGCCGACUACCAUAGUGGCACGCCUAGUCUUUCUAUAGACUCCUUCUCUUCUGGGACUGUCAAUUCCGUUCUCCUGGAGGCAGCUGGCUUGUUUCUAGGUCUAGAAAGGCCAGGGCCAAUAGCACAAGAUGGGUUCGUGGACGCUGCCAAAGCCUACUAUCGUAUGCAGAACAGAAUACGGACUCAGAACACUCGAUUGCACGAAUCGUCUGAGAAGAAGGUGAAGAGAUGUGAACAGCACAAGAGCUACUACAAGAAGAAGGUAGCGAACGAGACGCUGGCACAGAGGACCCAGCAACUUGGACGCGAUCGGGCCAGAGCUCAAGACAAAAAGGCAGACAAGACAGCUGUCGACAAGAGGAGCAGAUUGGAUCGCGACAAUUCCUACCGAAAGUCAAAGCGAUCAAACGAGACACCUGGAGAGAGGAAGAAACGACUUACAUACCGACAAACAGCUUACUACAAACUAAGACUACAGGAGGAGACUCACUGGGUUAUUGCUGAUACAGCCUUUAGCACAAACAUGAAUCCCAUCAUCAUCGAUGAUGAUGGCGAUGCUCAUAUGGAAGCGCCACCACCACGCGCUCCUGGACCAGUUCGUAGGGAUUUAGGACGUGCUCAAGAGGCACGUAUGCAUCCAUACAGCCAAAGUCAGGGCGUCCGAAACUCAAAUCGAAUGUCUCUCCAGACCAUCCAAGACACGAUGAGCUAUACCAAUCACAGACAGGCGAACAUGAUAAUCAGAGGCGGAGCGGACCUAAUCCUUACCGAAUUCAACGAAAUCUCGACCAUUCUCAAGAGCCUCGCACUAAAGAUGGACACUCCCGCGACGACUUUCAGAUUUUGA